UUUUAUGACUUGAAUAACUUCCUGGUGGAAACUAGAAAUCAAAGUUCAAACGUGUAAAAUAUGGUCUGUAACUAGAGUAGAAAACAAUUAACAAACACGAAUUUAGAUGGGGAGAAGCGGAUGUUUUGACCAAACUCAAGAGGAUUGUGCAUUUAAUCACUGUCUGGCAAAGUUUCGAGAUGCUAAUGGAUAUCCAUCAACCAUCAAAACAGCAUAUGUCAUUCCAGAUUCAUCUUUUGGUCCAACCAGUAGAACCUCUACAAUUCAGAUCAAUGAAACUAAUGCGAUAGUUGGAAUAGUGGUAUCAGUUAUUGUGAUAAUAAUUCCAGUACUUGUGGUACUUGUAUUCAUGUACCGGAGGAAGUAUUCAAAAGAACGGUUAACAUCAAUUAGGGCAAUUCGUAGGGGUGAUAUUUACACUAUCAAUAUGAAUAAUGAAACACCUACUGGUACUUUUGACAUUGAACAGUUGGCACAUGUUGAUACAUGUGAGACAAAAAAAAGACCGAAAACUUAUGAUCAAAUGCAUGUUAUAAGUGUGGUAAACCACCCCAACACCUCUCAUCAUAAUGAAUCAAUCGAAGCAUCAAACGAAAUGUAUGCCAAUACAUGUACAAUUACUUUAGAAAACAAACAUUUAGACAGUGCCAAAAAAGACAAAGGCACGAAAUCGGAUGAUCCGUUGCAUACUACAAACGCUGUAAACACUGACAAGACCAACUUCAAAUCCAAGACUAAAAUUUCAACUGAAGGACAUGGCAAUGAUAAACCAACCAACGAAACUCUUGCAAUUGAUAAUAAGACAGUUGAUUCAGUAUACGAACCGUUAGAUAAUGACACACCAGAUAAAACCCCGAAGGCAUUUGAUAAAUUGCAGCUGCGCACGAGGAAAAUACAGACUCGAAUGACUACUAUCUCAACACUAUGAUUUCAAGCGAAAAACAAAGCAAUUAUGAACCAAUCGACGAACCAGAUGAAAUGAAAAUCCUACAUUAACGACGGAUUAUUAACAGUAAGAUAAUGCCGAUAAAGAUUACACCUAG